AACGUCUCCCUUCCGACAGUCGUAGUGGUAGUACUUGCUUUUGUUCUCGCGAUAUUUCCUGGUGAACGGGAGCCCGGGCGACCCGGGCUUCUGUGAAACAUGGCGGUCGGCUGGGACCGAAACACAAGCAUGACUAUAUGAAAGAAGAAGGUUUUUCUGAAGAUGAGGCGACUGAAUCGGAAAAAAACCUUAAGUUUGGUGAAAGAGUUGGAUGCCUUUCCAAAGGUUCCUGAGAGCUAUGUAGAGACUUCAGCCAGUGGGGGUACAGUUUCUCUAAUAGCAUUUACCACUAUGGCGUUAUUAACCAUAAUGGAGUUCUCAGUAUAUCAAGAUACAUGGAUGAAAUAUGAAUAUGAAGUAGACAAAGAUUUUUCUAGCAAAUUGAGAAUCAACAUAGAUAUUACUGUUGCCAUGAAGUGUCAGUAUGUUGGAGCAGAUGUAUUGGAUUUAGCAGAAACAAUGGUUGCAUCUGCAAAUGGUCUAGUUUAUGAACCAGUAAUAUUUGAUCUUUCACCACAGCAAAAAGAGUGGCAGAGGAUGCUGCAGCUGAUUCAAAGUAGACUGCAAGAAGAACAUUCACUUCAAGAUGUGUUAUUUAAAAGUGCUUUUAAAAGUUCAACAGCACUUCCACCAAGGGAAGAUGAUUCAUCACAGCCUCCAGAUGCUUGCCGAAUUCAUGGUCAUCUGUAUGUCAAUAAAGUAGCAGGGAAUUUUCACAUUACUGUGGGCAAGGCAAUUCCACAUCCCCGAGGUCAUGCACAUUUGGCAGCACUUGUCAACCAUGACUCAUACAACUUUUCUCACAGAAUAGAUCAUUUGUCUUUUGGCGAGCUCGUUCCAGGAAUUAUUAAUCCUCUAGACGGAACUGAAAAAAUUGCUGUAGAUCACAACCGGAUGUUCCAGUAUUUCAUUACAGUUGUGCCAACAAAACUACAUACGUAUAAAAUUUCAGCAGAUACCCAUCAGUUUUCUGUGACAGAAAGGGAACGUGUUGUUAACCAUGCUGCAGGCAGCCAUGGAGUCUCUGGGAUAUUUAUGAAAUAUGAUCUCAGUUCUCUUAUGGUGACAGUUACUGAAGAGCAUAUGCCAUUCUGGCAGUUUUUUGUAAGACUCUGUGGUAUUGUUGGAGGAAUCUUUUCAACAACAGACUUGGAUCCCACAAACCCGUCAGCUCUGUUCCCUUUGAGGAUGGCCACACAAACAACCACUUACCUCUUUUAGAAAAUAAUACACAUUAGCACCUCCCAGAUGAAGGAGAAAAACUUUUUGCCUGAGAUAUAAAACCUUUUUUAACAAGAAAAUAUUGUGCAAUAUAUUCAAAAGAAAAAAUAUGAAAAAGAAGCAGGAUUCAUACCUAGAGAAAAAAAGGAAACCAAAACUGAAAUCCUAUAUAUGUUGUGUCUGUUACAAAUGUCCUAGAAGAAAUUAUGCAGCUAAUCAGUGAGGAAGCCCAACUGGAAUAUUGCUUUGAAGAUGACCCUUCCUGAUAUUUUCAUAGCAAAUGGGCUGUUUCAAAAUCAGACCUUGAAUACCUGAAGGAAAGAAGUCAAACCGCAUCUAAAGAAAAAAUCAUUAAUAGUGCUAAUGUCUGCGUCCUUUUGUUUUUAAAAUACUGUCUCAGAAUAAAAUAUGUAAAACAUACGGAAAACUAGUCUAGACUUUAAAAAGUUGUGAUCAGGUCACAUUGUUACUAGAGGCAAACCGAUGGGCUCACAUGCUGUAGCCAUAUUAAUGUUAAGCCAUAAUGACGAGAUCGUUUAUCCAGUAAUUUGGUUUUAUGAAGGUAACUGCUUUUCUUUAAACUCUGGCUAUUGACUUUGUUAACUUUUCAAGGCAGGGUCAUGGAAGAUGAAGGUGAGUUCUUAGAGGGGCAAGUAUAUAGGUGCUAUAAUGUGUAACAGAAGUAUCAUUCACAAAUUGUAUAGUGGGCACUUAUAUGGGGAGAAGAAAGCACAUUUUUUAAAAUCCUGCUAAAUUUCCUAAUAUGAUCAUUAUAUUGCUGGUAUAUUUUGGAGUUGGGGGGUGAGUAAUAAAAAGAUCCACUACUGAUGAUGGAAAUUAUCAGUUUGUAAAAUAUUAAGAGGAAAAGUAGAAUAUUUUAUACAUUUUGUGGUGAGUAGGCAACAGGGUAACUUUAAAUAAAAUAGAAGUGUGAGGCACCUCUCCAAGGGAAACAAGCUGUCAUGUCUGGGAGACGAUCACGUUCAACGGUGUCCAUUAAACUGUAAAACUGGAUGGGAGAAGUGUCUGCAUUCAGGAUGUCCUGAAUGCAGGGGACUGUGUAUCAGACUGUGUUGUUCUGGCUUUCUUAGUAUUUAAGGCUUGAUUUAAAGUUUUCAGACUAUAAAAGAUUAAAAAUAAUAAGGGAGAUAUUAUUCAGGUGCCAUUAAAUACUUAUUUGGAGUGUGUGUGCCGACAUCAGUUUUCCUUUUGUAAUACUUAAUAAUAGAAGAGUUACUAACCAAUCCCCAUGUUUAAAAUCACUUAGGGAAGUGAGGAGACAAAAACUCCAGGUAAGGAGCAAGGCCAAGACUGAAAACUAGAUUUCAAAUCAUGGUUUUUAGAGAACAGGAUGUCACAGUUACAGUUUUUCAAAUGGAUUUUUUUUGAAGGUUAAAAAAGUUUUUUGAAAACAGUUGGGACAGUAAUGUAGCAAGAGGAGAAAUACUGAUAAAACUACGUUGCAAUGAAGCUUACAUUGAAUGAUGUUUUGCUGAACAGAAGCAUCAAUGUUUAAAAUACACAUUUUAUCAUUAGGAACCACAAAGUUAACUGAUAAAUACAGGUGACAUGACAUGCUUUGAAAUAUAAUUGAAUCCAGAAAAUUCCAAAACAAUCCAUGUAUUUUUUAUUUCUUCAGAUAUUUUUAUGAAGUUAGACUAGGAACUAAAUUGAACGUGUCUCAGGGAAUUUCAGCUGGAGAGAAUUAGAAUUUUAGCUAUUUUUAGACUGAGUUUUGGUUUUGUAAAUUUGCUUGUCAGAAAGUUCAAUCAAAUUUCAGGGGUUUUUUUAUGGAAGGAAAAACAAGAAUUAUGUAGAAUUAUUUUCUUACUGUUACGAUUAUGACAGGAAUCUUUAAGAAUUUUAAAAAUUAUUUUGGUACAUAUAUAUAUAUUUGUUUUCAUGUUUUCCAAAUACCAUAUUGAAAUUUUAAUGAAAUUAAUUUGUCCCAUUAAAACUACAAAAGAAAUUUCUUUUAAAAAAUUCAGCUUUGCUAUUGAUUUUUAUUUAAAAGUUAAGAAAGGUUUCCAGCUGAAAUUCCUUGAAUAGCAAGAUCAGAUUUUUGGCAAUCAAGACAUAAGAUUCUGACCAGCCCUUUGGAUGAUGAAUGAGGAAGUAUAUUAAGAUUUGUUAAGUGUUUUGAUCUCACCAAGUGUUUCUUUUCAAUUGCAGAGAACACUGUACUGACCUGCCUUCCCAUUAGGCACUUCGGUUGGUGCCUGGGGUGCCUUCAGUAAGAUAGCUAACUUUACUAACUCAGUCCUGCUUUUUAUUUUAUUAGGCUGUUCAUAGUAUCUACAUGUAUAUACGUCAGCCUAAAUAUUUUAAAAGUUGACACCUCAAGUUACAUGAAAAUUUUUUAAACUGUACUUGCAUUCAUUGGCCAGUAAGAAGAGGUGGAAUAUUUAGGUGAAUAAUUUUCUGCUGCAGUAUUUGUAUGCUUCAGACUACCUUUUGCUAAAAAUUUAACUCAAUACUAGAGUCACAAAAUUCUAACUUUCAUCUUAGGUGAUUAAUAUCACACUUUUCUCAUACACAUUUUAUGAUACAAAAUACUGAGUUUUUAUAAUAAAUUUACAAAUGCAAGCAAAAUUUAUAAUCAAUACACUUUGGAAUUCACAAAGAAAAAAGAUCUCUUUUUAAUGGUGUUAUGGGAGGCAAUAUUAUACAGUCUGUCUUUAUAUCUCAGGGUAGUCAUUUAGUCCCCAAAAUUUAUGUGCAAUGUCCUUGCCUUAAAAUUCAAAGCUUAGGAUCUUGAAUCUGGAUUCAAGAUGUGUAUUUUUUAUUGUUUAAAAUGUACUUAUGCCUGAGCCUUAGGACCAUACAGAUUUCACCAUGUCCUCUAACCCAUACUGCCUCUCAUAUUCAGAGUUCUAGCAACUCUCAGUAAGCCAAAGGGGAUCCGCCCUUGGUCAGCACUGUCUAGAGAGGUCGCCAUUUCUUCACACCUUGCUGCCUGGAUUAAUAUCCGACUAGGUCCAUAUACUUUUUUUCCCCUUCUGAAAUCUUUCUUUAGUGAUGAAAAGAGUUUGCAUUAUUUUAAGAGUAGGAAACAAACCACCUUAGGUUUUUGUGUUUUGUUUUAAAAGAACAAAAUCCACUCAUUUAGUGUCGGUCUUGGGUGUCAGACUCUAAAUGAAAUGACACAUCAUAAAGCAAUGUCUUUGUCCUUCCACAGUCAUGUAUCCACAAUGAAGUUUCAGUCCCUCGUGUUUGAGCUUCCCCAGCCCAGGAAAACUGUAGCAGUCUUUAAAUAUCACUUAGUUAAUAUUUGCUUUUGUCCAGACAAAACAAUCUCAUAAUUUAAAUUAUGAGAUUGGACUUAUUUUUCUUGUUAAAUAUAAAUGCAUGAUUUAAACUGAACAGUUGAUGCAAGUUAUAAAUCAGUAGAGUUGAUUAUAAUCAGCAAAACAUUUAAAUAGUUUUUUUAGCAGCUCCAAAUUGUAUUAAAUGCUUAUUAACCCUCAGGUAAUAUAACUGGCGAAAACAAAGCUCUUUCCUUAUGAUCAGGACCAAGACAAGGAUGCCCACCCUCACCAGUUUCAUUCAGCAUGGCAUUGGAAGUUCUCACCAAAGCAAGUAGACAAAAAAAAGAAAUAAAGGGCAUUCAGAUUAAAAAGGGAAAGUAAAACUCAUUUUCAGAUGAAUGUUUAUCUAAAGGAAUUAGAUGAACGGUUCCUCAAAAUAUAACUCAUUUAUACCAUAUUGUCUAAUUUUAGGUAAAACUUAAAAUGAGAAGGUGUGGGGAAAAGGAUCUAUUAAUGACAGCUACAUAUUGUACUAAAGCAGACCUUCAGCAACAACUUAGAUAAACUGUAUAAUAAAUAUUUUACAAAUUGCUCUCUGUUUUCAAGCAGUUAUACUAAUUGAUUGUGUAAAUCAGUUGAUUAUGUAUAUACUAAAGUAUGGACGUACUAAAAAUAGAAAUAGAAACGACUCUUCUAGCUAUUUAAACUCAAUUUCAGUUAAUCCUUUGCCUUGUGUAGCUACACUUCACAGGGUACUACCUUCUGAUAAGCAAAUUACAUCUUAAAUCAAGCAACUGCCAGUUUCAUUAACCUUUUUUUUUUACUUUUUUAUUGAUUAUGCCAUUACAUUUGUUCUAUUCCCCCCUCCACCCUGCAUGCCCCUCCCCCACCAUUUCCCCCUUUAGUUCAUGAACACGUGUCUCAAAUUCUUUAGAUUCAGUAUUUCCCUUACUAUUCUUACCCUCCCCCCUAUUUUCUAUCUACUGUCUAUGCUACUUAUUUUCUGUACCUUCUCCCCCUUCUCCUCCUCUCACUCCCCUGUGGCUAAUCCUCCACGUGAUCUUCAUUUCUAUGAUUCACUCCUGAUCCAGCUGUCCUCUUAAUUUGCUUUCGUUUUGGGUGUGGUUGUCGAUAACUGUGAGUUUUCUGUCCUUUCACUGUUCAACUUUUUUAUCUUUUUAUUAGGUAAAUCCCUUUAACAUUUCAUAUAAUAAGGGCUUGGUGUUGAUGAACUCCUUGAAUUUGGUCUUAUCUGAGAAGCACUUUAUCUGUCCUUCCAUUCUAAAUGAAAGCUUUGCUGGAUAGAGCAAUCUUGGUUGUAGGUCUUUGGUUUUCAUGACUUGGAAUACCUCUUUCCAGCCCCUUCUUGCCUGUAAGGUUUCUUUUGAGAAAUCAGCUGACAGUCUGAUGGGAACUCCUUUGUAGGUGACUGUCCCCUUAUGUCUUGCUGCUUCUAGGAUUCUCUCCUUCAUUUUAAUCUUGGCUAAUGUAAUGAUGAUGUGCCUCGGUGUGUUCCUUCUUGGGUCCAACUUCUUUGGGACUCUCUGAGCUUCCUGGAUUUCUUGGAAGUCUAUUUCCUUUGCCAGAAUGGGGAAGUUCUCUUAUUAUUUGUUCAGAUAAGGUUUCCACUCGUGACUCUUCCCCUUCUGGUACCCCUAUAAUUCGGAUGUUGGAACGUUUAAAGAUGUCCUGGAGGUUCCUAAGCCUCUCCUCAUUUUUUUGAAUUCUUAUUUCUUCAUUCUUUUCUGUUUGAUCAUUUUUUUCUUCCUUCUGGUCCACUCCAUUGAUUUGAGUCCCAAUCUUGUUUCCAUUACUAUUAGUUUCCUUUGCAUUACUAUUCAUUUCAAUUAGUUUAGCUUCCAUAUGUUUCUCUAAUUUGUGACUAAAAUCAACCAGCUCUGUGAGCAUCCUGAUAACCAGUGUUUUGAACUGUGCAUCUGAAAGUUUGGCUAUUUCCUCAUCGCUUAGAUUUAUUGGCUCUGGGGCUCUUGAGUUUUUCUUGAGCCAUUUUUGGUCUGUUUGCGCCGGUAAGUAAGUAAGAGGGGCGAAGCGGUAGUUGUUUACCAGGGCGGGGCCACCCAGGUCGCUGGUUUGUGACGCUGUAUGUGGGGGCGGGGUCAGGGAGGGAGCAAUGGCGGUCCUUUCCGCUAGCCCAGUUUUUCCCGUCCCACCACUGGCCCCGGCCUGUUUAUCCAAGCAGAAUUGUCUGAGCCUGCUGCCCCGUGCCGUGCCGUCUCAAUGCUCGCCUCUUCACUGGUUUAUCUGCACGUAAAUUCGCGACCUACCGCAGACAGACAGCCGCGCCUCUAGCCAGCCUGGGAUCGGAUACGCGCCUUCGGCUGCUUGCGCGCCACCAGGUCAGGGAUCUUCUUGGUCAACCGGCUUCGCUGCUGGCUUCGCCCCCCUUACCCGUUUAGCCGAGCGUUUCGUCCUUUUUUUUUGGACUCCGUAUUGUCGAUUUUCUGUGUGGUCUGGUUGUGUUUAUCGUUGUUAAAAAUAGUUGUUCUUAGAUUUGAUUGUGCGCGGAAGCAGUGUGGGUCCACCUACGCCUCCAUCUUGGCGGAAGUCCUCCUUCAUUAACCUUUAAAAAAAUACAUGUGUGUGUGUAUUUAAAAACUAAUCUAGGCAGUGAACACAUUUCCAUACAUUGUGUGGGCAUAUGAAACAACCAUACUUUUUACUGUAGGUAGUUGCUUGUGUUUUCAGAAUGUCAGACUCGUAGUUCUAGAAAAACAGCCAUGUGGAAAUUUGCAUGUGAUUUUUGCAAACUUUGGAAAAUAUUGGUGUUUUCGGAAACUUAAGGCUGACCUGUUAAGGUCAUUGUGAGAUAACACACUAUUUGGGUAGUAGUCCCUCAGACUGUUUACCUUGAGAUACUAUUGUUUACUGGGAAUGAUGAUGUUACAUUAGUAUAAAAUUGUGAGAAAUAUUUUUCUGAGAUGUUGGCCCAUCUACCUCAACUUUCUCUAGUAUCAGUUGCCUCAGGUGGUGGCUGUCUUCAACUCGGUAGUAUUUAUUACUGCAUCAGGUAUCUAGUGAGUACAGAAUGUAGGGAUUACUGAGACUUUUUUUAAACAUAGAUACCUUUCCUUUGUUACUUGCCAUCCCUUUCCCCCCAGAGUAGGUUCUUUCUCAUUGCACUUAGGCACUCAAAUCCUUGUUAAUUGGUCUUGAUUUAAAAUAAUUUCUUUCAUACAGACACCUAUCUACUCUCACUGAUUAAUCACAAGAGAACUUUAUUCAUAUCAUUUAUUUAAUGCCACAGAGAGAACAUGCUUCAGCACGUAAGUG